AGCUGUGUUUUUUUGAGAUCCUCAGCAGUAACCUUUAGGAUUUAGAAAACAUACGAGACUUGAGCGUUAGUGACACAUGAACUGUGGGCAAGCCAUUGCAUCUGAACAAAGAGCCUGAGGCACAUUACUGGAGACAGCUUCUCAUCUGACACAUAACAGGCUUUCCAGUUGAGAAGAAAGUAUUGUUUCUGCUACCAUGAUAGCCAUACAAGGAACAGAACAGACUGCACUGGAAGCUGGUUAUGGGGCACAGCAGAGUGGACAACCUUUAUAUGUGAAUUCAAAUUCAUGGAAAAGAAUGACAGAGAAGUUCUUGAAGGGAGAACCCAAAAUCCUUGGGAUUGUGCAGAUUGUGAUUGCCAUCAUGAACUUCAGCAUAGGAAUUAUCAUGAUAAGUGUCACUGUGCCAUCCGAUGAAAUACCCCCUGUUUCAGUGCACAUAGGAUACCCAGUUUGGGGGUCCAUAAUGUUUAUUAUUUCAGGAUCAUUUUCAAUUGUAGCAGCAAGAAGAACUACAAAAGGUUUGGUUCGAAGCAGCCUAGGCUUGAACAUUACCAGCUCCGUGUUUGCCUUCGCAGGGAUAGUAAUCAGCUCAGUGAGCCCAGGCAUUUAUUCUUUCCAUGUAUAUUACUGUACAUAUAGAAGUACAUCAGAAGGCUGUCAAAUGACCUUGUCCAUUUUAAUGGGCCUGGAUAUUGUGGUAGUCAUUUUAAGCGUGCUGGAAUUCUGCAUAGGAAUAUCCCUCUCUGCCUUUGGAUGCCGGGCGAUGUGUUGUAUCCCUGGUGAGGUCGUGAUAAUUAUGCCAUCAAAUCCUACCAAGGCAGAGACAGCAUAUCCUGAAUCACUUCAAAGUGGAUUGAUGCCACCAGGACACCAAAAGAAAAAUGUUUCAGAAAAUAUGCACUGAUUAUUUUUCAAGAACCACGCAUGGGAAAACACAAGAAUCCAACUCUGAUGUCUGUGUAUGCAUCCAUGAGUGUGUGUACAUACCUAUGCAUGUGCAAAUUCACGGUGUGUGUGUGUAUGUGUGUGUGUGUAUGUGUGUGUCUGUUUGAGAUGACAUUCUCAUAUUUCACGAGGAAGCUGGCAGAUUAUUCCACUGGCUCUCCCUAAGAGUAUCAGAAUGUAAUAAAUAAACCAACCAUUUACUGACUAAA